AAUACUACCAACACGAACGUGCUGAGGAACGUGAAGGCGUACAUCGACGGGUUCCUCGAGAAUACGACAGACAUUGAGAUGAAGAAGAUCAUCACGGAGGCGGGUGGGGAGGUCCUGUACUCCGCCUCAAACGCCACACACAUCCUGACCUCACAACAGCUCAGCGGAAGCAAGACGCACCGACUCCUCACGCAGAAGAAGAUGAAGGUCCGGCCGCAUGUCGUCAGGCCGGAGUGGGUGUUUGAUAGUCUGGAUAGGGGGAGGAGGGUGCCGGAGAGGGAGUAUUCGGUGUUGAAGGAUGGGGGGAAUAAGGGGUUGGUUGAGAUGUUUGGGGUGGGGAAGGAUGCGAAGUGA